ACGGCUGAUCUCGGCUGCCACCGCGGUGGGUGAAAAAAAGAAACAAAAAGAAACCCAACCCCGCCGGGAUCGCCUCUCCUUUCCCGGAGAUUCCCCGACUUGCUCCGUUUCCAAAGGCGCUCCUGUCCGGUGGCUGCCUGGAUCGCGGGAAGGUGAGCCUCGGAGAGGCUCCGGAUUGACGUCCAGGAAAUGAAGCCACAGGAGAGUUGCUCCAGAUGACCUCCCUGGAAUGAAGAUGUCCUCCUUAGACCCCCUGCCUCCCGCCACGCCUCCCUCUCAGAAACCCACUCGCAUUAUCAAGCCACGCCCGCCCACCAGGCCACGUCCUUACCUGCCCCCCAGGCCAGACUCCGCCAAGCUGCUCCAGGUCCCUACCCCUCCUUUGCCUCUGGAGAAGGGCGGGUGCUCUCUGGCCACUGAACACUCAGGCGGCCCACCUCAACCCUUACACAAGCUGCAGAAAUCUGGCGCUGUUCGCAAGAUCGUGGUCCAUUUUGAUCAAACAGGUCCUCCGGAAAAGGAGGAAGCUGAAAAAAUUAUCCGGUCACUGCCUUCCAGCUGCCAAAAGGAUGAGAACAAGGAAGAGAAAGCCAUUGGAGGAAAAGAGAUCCCGGAUCGGUUGGAUCCUUGCAAGGAUACCCAGCCAUCGGUAUUAUCUGAGGUGGAGCAAAACGGACUGGAUUUUCCCACUUCCUGCCUGUCUGGCUGCCCCUGUGUUUGCCAUCAACAGAACCCGGGCAUGGUCUUGAUUUGGGUCCCUGCAACGUCCCAGCUGCAGGAUACGGAGAACGGGCUGGCUGCCGAUCUAUCGUCUGCUGAUGAAGGGGGAGCCUCCUUCCAAAAAUCCCCGGGACUUGGUGCCCUGCCUACCCCACCUUCCUCCACCGCAGCGGGCAGGGUCCCAAAAUCUCGCCGCUCAUCCCGAAGCAAAAAGCCCCUGGACUCCCCGCCGUCCACCAACGGGCACCCCGAAGGGGGUGUCGUCCUGACAAGCUACCGUUCCACAGCCGAGCCCCUUCCUCUACGCUGCCCACCUUUGAUGCCCAAACCGCCCCGUCGCAACAAAGGGGGUGCCUCUGUCUCUCUGGAUGGCGAGCUCCUCCCUCCGGCCAUCCCACCCAAAGCCCCCAUGAAACCACCUCGCAGCUCCUUGGGGCCCUCGGCUCGCAGGAGUUCCCUCCAAUACCCGCUUGAGUUGAACCACCUUCCUGGCCGAGUCUCCCCUUUUGCUGUUGGGGAAGGCUUCUUUCCCCCCCCCACCCAGCCACCCCCACCUCCCCCAAAUUCCCAGACCCCUCCACCGCUCCUCCUUUCUCAGGCUCGCUCCCAGAUGUGCACAGCCCCCCCUCCACCCUCCCAGCCCCCUCCCCUGCUACCUCAGGGUCUCCCUCCUCCACCAACUCAGCCACCCCCACCCCUGGAAGGUUCACCUCUGGAUGACAACUCUUGUCAAGGUGGCUGUGAAAAUGAAGAGAGCAGUUUCAGCGAGUCGGAGACGGACAAAUCAGACAACAGGCACUCUUCGGUGCUAUCAUCUAAGAGUCCGGACUGGGGGCUUUGCCUGCAGGACGAACCUUUGUAUCAAACCUAUCGCCAGGCUGUCAUCUCCAAGGAGAUCAAGAGGCAAACGGUUCCACGCAACAGUAGUUUUAGCAGCUCAGACUACAGAGCCCCUUCUCCUGGGGAAGGGUCAACGGGACCCCAGGGCCCCGUCCCUCAUAGCACCCUUUGGCAGGAGCUGCCAGCUGUGCGAGAAAGUGGUGUUUUGGACAACAUCAGCCCAGAAGAAAGGAAAAUGCAAGAGAGCCUCUUUGAAGUGGUGACCUCUGAAGCCUCCUAUCUACGCUCGCUUGCCCUUCUGAUCGAGCACUUCAUGGAGUCUCGGGAACUGGCUGGCACCAUCCUUCUGCGCGAGCACCGGAUUCUCUUCUCCAACAUACGCAAAGUUCAGGAAGUGAGCGAAAGGUUCUUACAGGAUCUGGAAUGGCGGUUGGCUGAAAGCCUGCAGAUCUCAGAUGUUUGUGAUAUUGUGGAGGAUCACGCUCAGCAGAGCUUCUCGGUCUACAUUGAUUACGUCCGUAACCAGCUGUACCAGGAGAAGACCUACAGUAGCCUCAUGGAGAAGAACGCCCAGUUUGCCAUCGUUGUCACCCGACUCCAGGAGCAGCCCCAGUGCCAACGCCUCCCCUUCAUGUCCUUCUUGCUGCUUCCUUUCCAGAGGAUCACUCGUAUCAAGAUGCUCUUGGAGAAUAUCCUGCGCCGGACGGAGGAAGCUUCUUUGCGAGAACAAAACGCCCUGAAGGCUCUAGCUUCUGUUUCCAAGAUCAUAGAAGAAUGUAACUCCGAGGUCGGCCGCAUGCGUCAUAUGGAAGAACUGAUUCACACAGCCAGCAAGAUUGAGUUUGAUAAGCUGAAGGCCAUUCCCAUCAUUUCCCAGACCCGACAGCUGUUAAAGCAGGGAGAACUCCUGGAAGUUGUGCAUCGUGGCACCAUCUUUGGCAACAAGCCCAAACUGAUCCCCAUCUACCUGUUCCUCUUCAAUGACCUGUUGCUGGUCACUCAGCGCAAGAGUUCAGAACGCUUUGUGGUGCUGGAUUAUGCCCAUCGCUCGCUAGUCCAGGCCCAGAGCUGUGAGGACACCUCUGCUGGCCAAAACACAGAGAACAGCUUCUACCUGACGUUGAUGGAGAACCAUCAAGGGCGGAGUAGCGAACGCCUCUGUCGUGCCCCGACACAAUCCGACAUGCACCGCUGGAUGGGUGCUUUCCCUUGCCAUGAGUCCCAGCCUAAUAACAAGCAGGAAACCAUCUAUGAAGAUUGGGAUUGUCCCCAGGUUCAAUGCACAGAGACCUACAGCGCAGCCCAGGCAGACGAGCUGAGCCUUGAGCCAACAGACAUCGUCAACGUGGUGCGCAAAACUGAGGGCUGGUACGAGGGCAUACGCCUAGCCGAUGGCAAGAAGGGCUGGUUCCCUUCUUGCUAUGUGCAGGAGAUCACGAAUGAACACGUACGCCGGCGCAACCUCCGCGAGCGCUACCGCGUCCUCCAGGUGGCCCGCCAGCUGCAGCUGAUGCGCACCAAUUGUGUCAAAAGCAAGUCCAGCUCAGCUUGAGACCGAAACUGCACAGCCAACGGAGCCAGUGACUGCGGACCCCGGCCUGCGAUCAAUCUCACAGCUGGACUCAAGGUUCAAUUUCGAUUUCACUGGGCGUGGAGCAACAUUUUCCUCAAGGGUGCACUGAAGAUGGGGAGGAUGGAAGAGAGCAGUUGUGUUUUGGAUCAAAGGUCACCGAAGGGUGAGAGUGGAAGAGAGAUGCAAGCAUGCCUGAUUUGACUGUUCGGAACUGCAAUGCCAGAAAUUAACCAGCAAAGGCACUACUUCAAAUGUGCCCCUUCUGCCAGAAGGGGGCGACAGACUGCAUUUUCACUUGCAUUGCAGAGUUUACAGACUUCCUAACCUCCUGUUCUUACCGUUCCCAAGUUGCGUACUAACUCCUCUGAGUCUGUGUGGCAUCUUGGUAACCCUGAGUGAGGACUACGAACCUUCUCAGAGGGUUGGGGUGAAGAGGUGACCCAAUAUUCUACAUUAGAUAGCAAUGGUGCCAUAUUUCAGGAGAUUCCCUGAUCCGAGAUACGAUCAAAUGGAUGGCCUUGGGUUUAACCAGAAAGGUCAGUUCAACCUGAGCAGGAGUUCUACCUGCCCCCCCCUCCCCAUUUUGCAAUGACUUAUCCUGUUAAAAAAUACAUGUUAACGAUUCAGGCCUACCACUCCUUAGGUUUGUUUUGGGCUCAUUGCAAGCUGGUUUGUAUUUCACCCACGUUGAAAGAUGGGUGUGCCUUGCCCUUCGUUGGCAGAACUCUGGUAGGUGGAACACACUCCCCCCUCCCCCCCAAUAAAAUGUGUUUUGCAAACAGGAUCCACGCCGGUAUUAUCAGUUUCCUAAUCCUGUUCACGGUGCUGUCGCUGCCAAUAAUUCAAACCUUCCCAGUGGUCCUUAACCUGGGCUCAGGUGAUGUCCCUUCUCUACCUCACUUCCUGUCCUUUCCGGUGCCGGGAAUCCAGGACUCUUACAGCCUAUGGACCCAGCUUAUUCCAACUCUUCCCCACACCCUCACAGUUCAACAGACUUUUCUCCUUCAUGUAACCUGCCUGAAUAUGCUGGAUUUUCUCCUUUGUGAGCGAGGAAUUCCUUUUCCUCGCUUCCAGCCUGGAAACUACACCACAGAUC